AUGGAACACCAGAUACUGAAAACAUCUACCUGCCUGCUGGCCUUUCUGUUUUUCAUACCCACUGUUCUGGGUAUUUGUCCUUCUAACUGUACAUGCUCAGGAAACAACAGGAAUGUGGACUGUUCAGGCAGAAACUUAACUCUACUGCCACAUGGACUUCAAGACAACAUUACAUACUUAAAUCUGUCCUUUAACCAGUUUACAGAUCUUGAUCAUCAGCUGACCAGAUUUACCAAUUUGAGGACCCUCGAUAUUUCAAAUAAUUGGCUCAAGAAUGUUCCCGCUCAUCUGCCCAAGUCAUUAUGGGAAUUAUAUGCCAUAAAUAACAACAUUAAAGUUCUUCAGAAACUUGACACAGCUUACCAGUGGAAUCUUAAAGUGCUCGAUGUUUCGAGGAACAUGGUGGAAAGAGCUGUUUUGAUCAACAACACACUGAGCAGUCUCAGGUUUCUCAAUCUCAGUAGCAACAAACUUUGGACAGUUCCAACCAAUAUGCCCUACAACAUAGAGACAGUGGAUCUAUCCAAUAACUUCCUGUCACAGAUACUUCCGGGAACGCUGGUGAGACUCCAACACCUUACCAGCCUUUACCUGCACAACAACAAGUUCACAUACAUUCCUGACAAAGCUUUUGACCAACUCCUUCAGCUACAAGUAGUAACACUAUAUAACAACCCGUGGUCUUGCAGUGACAAACAAAAUAUCCCUUAUUUGCUUAAAUGGGUGCAAGGAACGGCUGCCAACAUCAUAGGGGCUCCUUGUGCUAACGAGACGGUGCUUUGGAUGAACACCACGCCAACUGUGGCUGCUCCCACGGUCCCAGAGCCUAACCUCAUGAUUAAAGGAAUGAAGGCAGCAGACAGAACUACUUCUCCAAUGGCAACCGAAUCAAGCAAAAUGACAAAAUUGCAUAAAAAACUCAAAGCUAAGGAGGUUACUUUAAUUGCUACCUUAAGCCAAACUGUACUGUUUACAAGCACAGACCGACCACUACUCCUUUAUCCAGAAGAUCUGACCACCGGGAAAGUGAGCUCGCAUGAAGCGGCAGCCACACACACGAUCUACAUAAAGGAUUCGACUGAGGUGAACUCAAGCAUGGCUCAUUCGACAGGAUCAUCCACUACUCCUAUGACUCUGAGCAUUACCAGUGGAAUGCCAACAAACUACUCUAAAAUGCCUCAAAGCACAACUGCUACCUUAAGGAAAGAGGAAUCCACAACAAAUAUUUUGAAUACUCAUGCCCCCUCCAAAGCAAGUAUCUGUGAGGUAUAUUUGUUUUAUGUUAUAACGCUUAAUGCAGUGGUAACGUUUAUUGGCUAA